AUGAAGGCAACUUCUAUCGCUGCUGCUCUUGUGGCCGUGGCCGCCGCGCCGGCGGCCGCCUUCGUGCCAUCGGUGGGACUCAAGCAAGUUGCUGGGCGGCAGCAUGAGCUCUCCCGACGGUCUCCGUCGUCCGGGCUGUCGAUGGUGGAAAAGAGGGCGGUGGAAGAGUUCGACUCGAGCCAGAUACAGGAGGACGUCAAGUCGCUCGUGGAGGGAAUCAAGACCAACACGCCGGCGGGUGUGUCGGGGGAGAGGGGAGAGGCGUGGGCGGCGGCGCAGGUGACCAUCCUCCUUUUCGUUCUCCUGGGCAACCUUCCCCUCCUCGGCGGUUCGUUGGAGAUACUCGCGGGACCCGGGUUGCUUCUCGGCGGUGCCGGGCUGACUACUGUUAGCGCUCUGCAGCUUGGCAGGAACUUCUCGCCGUGGCCGGAGCCGGCGGAGGGAGGCGUCCUCAACACGACGGGCGUGUACUCGCUCUGCCGCCACCCCAUGUACGCGGGUCUGGUGGCGUUCUCUCUCGGGCUGGGGUUCUCGACGGACUCGUUCACCCGCAUCGCUCUCGCCUGCCUCCUGGGCUACGUGCUGGACCGCAAGGCAGACAUGGAGGAGGAGAAGCUGGUAGCCGUCCACCCAGCGUACAAGACCUACAAGGAGGAGGUGUCCAAGUUCGUACCCACUCUCUACUAAAAAAAGGGGAGAAAUAUGAAUGGCAUCUAGGACUCGUUGAUAUUUACAAGAUUUCCUUAGUCUCCGUGUGAUUUUAGUCCAUAUUGUACCUUCGCCGAGCCUUUUUUUUUGGAAAGAGCACAAUCCGGUUCUGCAAGAACAUACGUGUGCUGUAGGCCGGUAUGCACGUGAAAAGGUCUAUGUUGUCGUUGUGGCAUUGCUUGCUUUGGUCUUUGCUGGAAAGCAUCACCCUCGUACAAUUGCGCCCCAUGGCUAUCUAAACUUUGUUCAUGAGCGGGCUAAGUUGCAGUUCGGGAUGAGGUUUUCUGGCGGAAGUGCAAGGCAGAUGGGCAGGGGGGGGGGGGUAUAGACCGCGGCCAGUUGGACUGGCCUUUGUUUGUCGUGAGGAUGAUGCUAGACUUUAGACUACAGCCUGGACCUAGACUUUGCUCACGGUGAGCAAGACAAGUACGAAUUAGCUGACCUAGUUCAUGGCCGUUCGCUUGCCGUGGUGCUUUCGUCUCUCUCACGCAGAGCGGUGGGGGGAAAGAUAGAGACUAGGAAGUAGACGUGGGGGGUUCAUUUUUCACCCAAGCGACCGCAGCAGCAGCAUGUAAGACAGCUGGCGAGCGUGUUCUGGAGCGCGUGUGACGAAAAGGGGUUUCUCUCCCACAAGCGAUCGGACAGCAGGCGGUCGCAACGAGCUCCUGUUUUUUUGUUUUUUUUUCGUCUUUUUGACAUCCUUUGUAGCCCAGUCCGAAGCGAACGCAGGGUCCUGUUGUGAGUCCCCAGUGAACGCAGGGAAAAAGGGGAAAAACAAGGGACAAUUUCUUGGAGAGAGAACCGACCACUCUGCCCAAAUGGCAGGUGCACGAAUGAUGACGCACGACGAGCACGCCC